CAUCUUCUUAUCGACAAAUAUGAACGCUCAUCGUUUACAAGUACAAUCACUUUACAAGCGAUCUUUGAAACUUUCAUUGGAUUGGUACAUUCAACGUGACCUGUGGCGUCAAGAAGCUUUACAUAUUCGUCAUUUAUUUGAACAAAAUCGUCACAUCACCAACCCUGUUCAAAUUAAGGCUUUGAUUCAAGAAACUGAAAAGAAAUUGUUGGAAUGGGAACACCCUGAUCCUUACAGAUUGCCUUUGGGUCCUGAGGGUACCAAAUGGGAACGUAACCUUCCUCCUAUUGUUGAUGCUCCUGCUGUUGAACACCAUUAGAUUGAACAAAUUGCUUCCUUACAACAUACACACAAUACUCACAUACAUACACACACAUAACAUACUUUUCCCAUAGUCUAUGUCAUUCCUCUUUUUUCGUAUUACACACCCUUAGAUAGUUCGAUUUUUAUAUCAUCACCUUUUGGUAUUCUCUUUUUUUUUUUUUUAUCUUUAUCAAUGACUUGAUUGCUUUUUAUAUGCUAUAAUUGUGAUUUUUUAUUGGAUGAUGAUGAGAAAUUGUAUAAUAAAAUUGGAUCUUGUCAACUGUAUCAAAUGUAUCAAUAAA